AUGCAACUCCCCCAAUCCCUUCUCCCCCAAACAAACCAACCCCCAGCCCCAACCCCUAUGCCAAAAUGGUCCUACUUCAUCCUCGUCCCCCUCGACGACAAAACAAUCCAAUCAUACAAUACCCACAAAGAUCUCGAAAUCCUCCUCAACGCAACCCACAAAACUCUAACCCCAGAAAACACAGACGUCGAAACCGUUCUCGGAGACGGACCAAUGGCCCCGGGGAAUAUCGUGUCUAUCAGAAUCGACCUUCAAUAUCCCUUGGAUGAUGAGGUGGAUGUAGAUGGGCAGUAUAGAUCGUGGCUUCUGGGACGGGCGGCCUGUGAGGUUGAGGAUUGGAUUAUUCGGUAUCGUGAGCUUGGUGAGGUUCCUGCUGCUUUUGGGAGUCUUUUGGCAGAUAUCUUUUUGGCGGAUGUUUUUUGA